UGGCUGUGCGCGCCCCCGACGCAGGGCUGGGUUUCCAAUUUUCUUUUUUUUCUUUUUUUUUUUUUUUGAUGUUUUAUUUUUUUGCGGCGCGGGGGCACAACAAUAUGGAGCCGGACAUGGAGGACAAAACGUUAGAGCUCAUGAACAUGUCAGUUAUGGACUCUCAUACUGGAGAGAUUUCCCCAAAGACCACAACAGUAUUUAAGAUCACUAACGGCCCCCUGUCAGGCUCGAGGAAGCGGCCGUCGGAGGGCAACUACGAGAAGGAAAAGGACGUGUGCAUCCAGCUGUUUGACCAGUGGUCCGAGGCCGACCAGGUGGAGUUUGUGGAGCAUCUGAUAUCACGCAUGUGUCACUAUCAGCACGGCCACAUCAACUCUUACCUCAAACCCAUGCUCCAGAGGGACUUCAUCACAGCGCUACCAGCUCAGGGUCUGGACCACAUAGCUGAGAACAUCCUGUCGUUCCUGGAUGCACGCUCGCUGUGUUCAGCUGAGCUGGUGUGUAAGGAGUGGCAGCGUGUCAUUUCAGAGGGGAUGCUGUGGAAGAAGCUGAUCGAGCGCAUGGUGCGAACCGACCCACUCUGGAAAGGCCUCUCCGAGAGACACCAGUGGGAGAAGUACUUAUUCAAGAACCGCACUACAGAAGUCCCGCCAAACUCCUACUACCGAUCUCUUUACCCCAAAAUUAUUCAGGACAUUGAGACCAUUGAGGCAAACUGGCGCUGUGGACGGCACAACCUUCAGAGGAUCCAGUGCAGGUCUGAGAACAGUAAAGGAGUCUACUGCCUCCAGUACGACGACGACAAGAUCAUCAGCGGCCUCCGAGACAACUCCAUCAAGAUUUGGGAUAAGCAGUCUUUGGAAUGUUUGAAGAUUCUUACGGGGCACACAGGGUCAGUGCUGUGUCUGCAGUACGACGAGCGGGUCAUCGUUACUGGCUCCUCGGACUCCACUGUCAGGGUGUGGGACGUGAACUCGGGCGAGGUGCUGAACACUCUGAUCCACCACAAUGAGGCCGUGCUGCACCUGCGCUUCUGUAACGGCCUGAUGGUGACCUGCUCCAAAGACCGCUCCAUCGCCGUGUGGGACAUGGCCUCUCCUACUGACAUCAGCCUGCGCCGCGUGCUCGUAGGUCACAGGGCUGCCGUCAACGUGGUCGAUUUUGAUGACAAGUACAUCGUCUCUGCCUCUGGAGACCGUACCAUUAAGGUGUGGAGCACGAGUACCUGCGAGUUUGUACGCACUCUGAACGGCCACAAGCGCGGAAUUGCCUGCCUUCAGUAUAGAGACCGGCUCGUGGUUAGCGGCUCCUCGGACAACACCAUCAGGCUAUGGGAUAUCGAGUGUGGUGCCUGUUUGCGGGUUUUGGAAGGGCACGAGGAGCUGGUGCGCUGCAUUCGCUUCGACAACAAGAGGAUCGUCAGUGGCGCUUACGACGGAAAAAUUAAAGUAUGGGACCUGCAGGCUGCCUUGGAUCCACGAGCUCCCGCCAGCACUCUGUGUCUGAGAACACUGGUGGAGCACUCAGGCCGUGUGUUCCGGCUGCAAUUUGAUGAGUUCCAGAUCAUCAGCAGUUCCCAUGACGACACCAUCCUCAUCUGGGAUUUCUUGAAUGUGUCGACUAACGGACAAAUGGAAGGACGGUCGCCAUCGCGCACGUAUACGUACAUAUCCAGAUAGCAGGGCUGCCCUGGAAGCGUGUGGAGUGUGUGAGAGUGUGUGCGCGGGGACUGUCCUGAUGACCGAGUCUCUGUGGUUAAGUGUGCCAGGAUCAGAGGUCGAGGAACGCCACCCCUGUCCUCCCCUCACCCUCCUCUCUCUUUCUUUUACUCUUCUUCUUGUCUCCUUUUUUUAAUUCUAAGCCCCUCUUGAAAACACUCACCCAGACACACACACAUUCACACACACUCAGUUAUGUGCAAACAGACCCUGAGCUCCCUUUCUAUCGGGUAGCGGGAGGAGAAGAUGGAGAGAGGGAUGCCACUGAGGAUGAGCUCGUAGCUCCGCCCCCACAUCCGCCCUGACAGCUGCCCUAGCCUCGCUUCUGGGCCCAAGGACUAUUUAACUCUUGAUAUUUUUAUUUCUCAUGUUUUUUGUGGAAAAAAAAAGAUAAACAGUGGAAGUGACUCUUCCAUGAGGACUGUGUUUGCAUGAAUGAAUGAUGGGACUGUAAAAGACGGUCAAGCCACAUUUGUGUCUUUAUUUUAUUAUUAUUUUGUAUUUUCAUUUUCUUUUUUUUUUCCUUUCUAAAUUUGGGAGAUCAACUUUGUUUUGCUUCCUUUGUGGUGACGUACUAAUCCCUGUAGUUUUCUUCGUUUCAGAUUCCUCUUCAGUCCGUCGCUCUGUUCCCUUCCAUGUCCUUUGCUAGCUCUAGCUUUCUCUCUCUACUCUCUUCUUCUGUCUUGGUCUCUUUCGCUGUCUGCUCGUCUAGGUUCCGAAUGACCCCUAACUGAUCGCAGUUUAGUUGUAAACAGAAAUGUCUUGGUUAAAAUGGUGUUGUAUAUUGAAAAGAUUUUUUAAAGAAAAAAACAUUAUUAUUAAUAAGAAUAAAGUACUUGACUGUGAAGGAGUGUUAACAAA